CCCGAACCAGAGGAUGCGAUUUCAUCUCUGAGGAUUGAAUUAGAGCACCUCAAGGAGAAGGUUUCAAUUUUAGAGUCCACAAUUGAGAAGAACGAUAAUAAUUUGAAAAGUAAAGAUGAUGGCAUUAAACAGAUGGAGAAUAUCAUUGUGGAGAAAUCACAAAGUAUUGCAACCCUCCAGAAAAAGAUUGAAGCUCUCCAGUCCUUAGUAGCGGCUCGCUGGAAUUAUUCUUGGAGGCCAGCCUUGGACGCAUUGUCUCCAAAGAUGUUUCUGAAACUUUCACAAGUUCGAAGAAAUGGGGGGAUGUGUAUCAAAAUGUUGAAGACAGAGUGGAUACCAGUUAUAAAGGACCAAUGGUUUCCUUUAAUAUCUUCUCUCGGUUCUCAUUUUGAACCUUUAACUGCGAAAAUUAUUGAGGCAUAUCAUGUGAGCGAGAACCUGUUGCUAUCAAGUACGGCCAAGAUUCAAACAACAUUUUCUCCUUUCAUACAGGAGUUACCAAUUAUGAAGGAUCAAUGGCUGACUUUCAUAUAUUCUCUCUGUUCAUGUUUUGUAUCUUUAACUGCUAAAAUCACUGAGGUCUAUCGUGUGACCAAGAACUCUUUACUAUCACAUACAGUCAAGAUACAAACAUCAACUGCUCCCUUCAUACGGCCCAAUUCAGGAAAAUCAGUAUGGGCUUGCAGGAUGUUGGUCACAUCUAUAAUUUCAUACCAUAACCAGGUCCAACAAUGGCUGAAAACUAACAAAUUAACAAGAUCACUUGCUUCUAUAGAGCUUGCUUGGCUUGCUGCCACUGCUUUACUGUGCUUGCCUGUUGUGUGCCUGUGUAGAUUUUAUUCAGCUAUUUUCAGGAAAAGAGGAAGGAAGCUUGGCCGCACUUCUCAUCCGAAUAACAUUCGCCGCAAAUUAAAAAGAACUCUUAGUAUUGAUUAGAGGAAGGCCACGAGAUAGCUGAAGUCCUUCUGGUUAAUCAGUCCAAACGUUCCUAGUUAUGCUUCUGGAAACUGUGAGCUCAUUUCAAAGCUGUGAUCAAAUUUUUUGGCCUUGAAAAGAAGCUAUAGCCCCUUUUGUAUUGGCUGUGAAGAUAAAGUUGAUCCUCUUGGCUCUAACAUGCGUACAAAAUUUCUGUUUUGAGGAAACAAAGGAGAAACUGAGUUUCAUGUGGGUACUAGCACAAAAAUAGGUUCCAGUUGUCUUUUGAAUUUCUACUAUAAAUUCUUCUUCGGCAUUCUGCAUCAAGUUUGGUCUUCUAAA